UCCUUCUUGCUGCCUAUAAAGACUCCUUGCUUCUUCUUUUCUAUCUUUUCUAUCGCUCUCCUUCCCUUCCCUCAUUACCCUAAUUCAUAAUAGUGUCUGUCCUCCCCUUCCCCAUUUCCCCUGAUUAAGAUUUGUAAUAAACUGGUUGGACCAACAUUUGAACCGUUGCUUCUUAAUCUCACGCCGGGUAUAUAGAUAAUAAAAGAACCUCCUCUCCCUCCUAUAAAUUGGAGCGAGACAUUUAUUUAAUGGCGUAGUCGUUGCAGGAUACCCGCUGUGAGAGUGUUGUCCUUCCAGACAUAGUCUGAAACUUUCCUUGUGUGUACCUCCUGGAGUUGCAUGGAGCGAUAUUUUUUGAAAACUUAGACGUGAGUCCUUCUCCAGGAAGACUGCUCCGCAUUCUGAAACUUUGCUGUUUAUGUGUAUACCUCUCGGGGACGUAUGAAUUAAUUUUGAUUACGUGUGUGCCUUCUCGAGAAGACCUCUCUGAAUUUUGCGAUUUUAAGUAUCUUGUAACUUAACUGUGAAAUUUGGACCUUUUUGUGUGCUCCCCUCAGACAAAGGGAAGAGUGCUUUGAGCAUUUGCAUUUGUAAAGUGUCUGUUUCCCUGGGGAGAUAAGGAGUCACUUGAGCUUUUGAAUACGUACACCUCCCUUAGUGUAGGUCUUUCAUUGUAUUGAAAAAAUGAGCGACAGCAUUGCCACCAUGAAAAGUGAAGAUGUAUUAUUUGAUCUUUUAGAAAAACAUGGUGCUCGACCCUCUUUAUCAGGCAUGGAUUGGGCACGACAGAACUGGUAUAACUUACAAAGUGUUUCGGACCGCAUUAGUGUCUUACAGAAUGAGGCUCGUACACGAGCUGGAAAAGGAAAGUCGUUUAUUUGUGCCGUACUCGGGGCUACUUUAAAAGCUGCUGUGGAGUUCCGUAAUGAAAAGCAUUCGGCAGAAUUCCAAACCAUAGAAGCACUACAGGAAUCGGUUAAAGUAACACAAGAAUUGGUGAAAACUCUGCAGAAUCAAAUAGUUAGUCUCGAGGAACAAUUAGAAAGAGAGAAACGUAAUUCAGCUUUGUUGCAAAUGGCUUUUAAGGAACUGCUAACGUGUAAGCAUGCCAGCCAUACUGUCACCCACAGUUUGCCUCGAGAAAAAACUUUUCCUCAGGUGGAACUACCAGGAAUGAAGGAAAGGCUAGACAAAUUAGAAACUCCAAUAGCCCCAUUGCGUCCUUUGAUAAAAACUGAAUAUACAUUUGAUAACAGUGAGGAUCUAGAUCCUCAAAUGAAUGUUAAGGAAAUUCCCUUCUCAGCCACUGAACUAGCAAAAUUGAAGAAAGAUUUUAGCCGCUCUCCAAAGGAAUCUGAAACAGAGUAUGUAUGGAGGGUUAGCCUCACUGGUGGAGACCAGAUUCUGCUAACAGAAAAGGAGGCGGAAGGUUAUUGGGGACCAGGAGUAUUUUUAACUACUGGUAACAGUCGUGCUCCCUGGUCCUUAACACAAAGGGCUGCCUAUUGGGCAGGUGGUCUCAACCCUUUAGAACAGGGAGACCCUCCUGCCAUUACUGGAACUACUGACCAAUUAGUAGAAAGCGUUCAAAAGGCUGCUUGUCUCCAAUUGAUGUAUGAUAGAAAGCUGCAGCCAUACCAUGAAUCACCUAUGAUGAUGCCUGUCGAUCCUGAAAGAAUGACCCCUCUAAUUAGGGGGCUUCCAGAGUCGUUAAAACCUAUAGGGAUACAACUGCAAGGAAAAAUAGAGGCUAUGUCUCAGGGAGAGAGGACCCGGCCAGUGUUAGAAUGAACUGUAACCCCCAACCAUAUGCAGUCAGGAAACAAAGCAUGGACUUGGGGAGAGGUUGCCCAAGAGUUAAUUAACUAUGGAAGGAAAUAUGGGCCAGUGGUUUCUUCCUCCACUAAAUUUGAGCCAAGAGAAGUAAGACUUGCAGCAGUCAGCCUUGCCUCCAGGCCUCCUAGCCCAAAGCUCAGUGGGACUGGAAGGGUCUCACUGUCAGUAAAUACAGGUAGGCAAAAUAUUGAUCAUAAAUGUAAUUGUCUCUGGACACUGGGCUGGCAAAAGGGUGUUCCACGAGAUUUGAUGAAUGGAUUACCCACUGUCUGUUGCCUUUGCUUCGGCAACCUCUGAUUAAUGUCCCGUCGUGAAGUGCUCAGACAGCCCCGGCCAAAUCACACGCUUUAUGACACCAAUGUGGUGAGCGGCAAAUGGCACUUAUUGCAAGCAACACACUCUUCUUAUAGUUGUCCCUUAUAUCACAGUGCUACCAAUCACCCUUGCUACGGUUAUCUGUGUCCAAUAGACAUGUGGCAUGUCUUGUCUUGCCAUGUCUCAUCAUGGUUUUCUUAUGAGUGAAGGAGCCCCUGCAGAGCCUGAUGACUGUUACAGCCCCCCUUUCACGUAUUCGCUAACCACACAAGGGGCCCACACAGAUUACGCCUGGUGACCUUGACAGCCCCCGCUUUACGUAUUUUGUUGACUACAUCUCUAACUUGCGUAUUUUGUUAACUACAUCUCCCCCUUCCUAAGCUCAAGCAAAUCUACUACAACUCGAGAGGACCUGAACCGCGUACACCCCGAAAUCCCCGCAUUACGCCUAUACAUGCCAUUGUCCUCUCGGUUAAGCCUUUUGUCCCAUUACAUCGCGAUUCGCCAAAUAAUCCUACCCUAAUGUCUUAAACCAUACUUAUAAAUGUAAUAUACCUAUAUGCCUAUAUAUAAUAUGACUAUAAGUGUAAAGUAUAUUAAUAUUAGACCUAAUACAACUAUAACUGAAUAACGAAUAGAGUUAAACAGAGUUAAACAUUCUCGUCGCUUUGGUGGACCAUCCCAGAAGCACUUCCCAUCAGUGGUGUUCUCUGUCCUUCUUUACUCUCUCUAGGACACGAUGUAUCUCUUCUGUGUCAUGGUGAAUGGUGAUCAAGGUUUUCUGUCCAUUGUCUCUUACACGUUUCAGCAACUGGUGCAGGUCAUCAUGUUGCAAAAACUUCCUUACCAAUGUCCUUCCUUGGUAAGCCAAAACGAGAUUCAUCCCACUUGGAGUAGGUGAUAGGUCUUUAAUCACCGUAUAAUUAUCCUGCAAGAACUGAUGUGAUGUCACCGACACUAAUUAAAGCCACAUCCUACAAUACUAGUAAAGUUAUAGACAGAGAGGUUAGAGAUUAGAGCGAUUGCUGAUAGCUCUAGUGGCACUAUCUAUGAGUAUGAAAUUACAAAGAUCCUUAUACAAACAUAACCUUUCCCAAUAUAUACCAACAUUGUCUUAGGUACCUGUUGGAGUGUACCUCAAAAAUGACAAACAUUUGUUCAAUAUCAAGGCAGAUGUCUCAGGCUUUGAGAGCAUUGCUCUCACAAACCAGCUGUAUGGAAUUGCUUGUUCUCCAGGCCUCAAUCUGGCCACCUGUCCCUGAAGGGAACCCAUUCUGAUGCCCACAAUGCAUACUGCACUGGCUUAAGCACCAUGCACAUCAGAUUUGUUACAUGAGGAAAGAGAAGGCCUGAUGCUGUCAGGACUUCUAAUGCAUUUAAAGUGAGGAGUGAUUUCAAUCCCCGUUGCUCUGCACAAUCUAUCAGGUGUGUGAUGUCUUUCAGAUCGAGGGAUACCUCUUCCGGGCCUCUGUUAUCGUUCCCUACUAUCAGGAAGAUCUCCAGUACUCUUCCUUCCUCUAUCAGGCUAGAUCUAAACUUCUCACCAUGCACUAACAGUGCAUCUCUCUUAACUCCUAAAUGCAAAUUCACCUCUCUCCUUUCGCUAUCCUUUUCAGUCACAGCUGGAAGCUGCGGGCUCCCCACCGCUCCCACUGUGCCCAUCUCCCUUUGAUCAAGCACUGACUGUUGUAGAGGCUUCUGAUUGGUUGCAUACGCACUCAAUCUUGUAGAAGGAUGUGUGGGUCGAGUCAGUGGGCCUGAACACUGUGGCAGAGAGUGGGUCCGGAGACUAUCGUUAUUUCUUUCUCCAUCGGGUGCAACCUGAGCAGAGGGUGCCGGCCGGAUGCCACCUACACCUUCAGGCGCAGUCGGGGUGGACAGUGCUGGCCGGACACUAUCAUCCCAGCACCUGUAACUUACAUCGCUUCCCUUUCUCUCUGCUGUUUUUUCUUCUACUGCCUCCCUAACUUUUGACCAAUCCGUACCCAGGCCUUUCCCGCAGUCCCCACCCCCCUGGGUGUUACUGCAUUCCAACUCCUCAGAGGAGACAGCAAGUGUCCCAUCCCAGCUCACUUUUUUCUCGGCCCCCACAGGUGGUGUUAGGUUACACAGAGAAGGAUACAGCGGUUGUUCUGGAUACGGCUGGGGAGUUUCAGCGACCUUGGAUUCCUACACUUGAGCCGUUUUGCAAGAUAGAAGUGCAGACAGUUCAGCGCAGUCUUCUUCUAUUUGUUUAUGCGAAGCUGGAGCCGAGAGGGGAGCAGAAGGGGGUGCUGAAGGUGCGGACGAGAUGUUAGUCGCCAUAGCUGAGGGCAUAUUUGCGAUGUUCUCUUCCUCAGGGGACCUGCAAGAAAGUACGCUUCCCGCGCCGUUUCUCACGGUGUUAUUAAAUUCCAAACCCAUCAUAACGCGCGCAGCUUCAGGAAUUCUAUGUUCUUCUCUCGCGGCUCGGAGAGCGCCGAGGACCAACCCCCAAAUUUUAAGCUCCGCAACUUUCUGCUCCUCUAUCGCACGCUGUGCAAGCGCGGAUGUAAAUGCAUCCCAUCUAGUGGGGUCUAAAAUGCCCUGAGGGGAGGGAAGAUUCCACUCCUCUUCCAGGCGAGUAAGUACAGCGACAAUGUCCUUCUCAGAAGGAGCAUCCUCACCGAAAUAGUCCUUACAAGCUUGAUGCAAUACCUUAAUGACGGAUUCCAUGGUUGUCCAGGGUGAUCAGCCCUCCACCUUCCACAAGUCUACCGCUGUGGGGUAACUUCGCAGCUGCGCUCACAGCCCCAGGGGGAUCGGUCCCUCCGGCUCUUCCGCCGCCUUACCGCCACGGGCUCCUGCGUCCGUCGCGCAACCGGCUGUCACACAUUGACCACUGGGACAUGGCAUUAUCACGUCGGGGUCACCACUUGUUGCCUUUGCUUCGGCAACCUCUGAUUAAUGUCCCGUCAUGAAGUGCUCAGACAGCCCCAGCCAAAUCACACGCUUUAUGACACCAAUGUGGUGAGCGGCAAAUGGCACUUAUUGCAAGCAACACACUCUACUUAUAGUUGUCCCUUAUAUCACAGUGCUACCAAUCACCUUUGCUACGGUUAUCUGUGCCCAAUAGACAUGUGGCAUGUCUUGUCUUGCCAUGUCUCAUCAUGGUUUUCUUAUGAGUGAAGGAGCCCCUGCAGAGCCUGAUGACUGUUACAGCCCCCCUUUCAAGUAUUCGCUAACCACACAAGGGGCCCACACAGAUUACGCCUGGUUAUGCCUGGUGACCUUGACAGCCCCCGCUUUACGUAUUUCGUUGACUACAUCUCUAACUUGCGUAUUUUGUUAACUACAACUGUCAGGUUAGAGAAAUUAGUUAACUGGUGGCCAGAACAAAAGCUCCAGAAUCUCGAGGAAAGCAAAACCCCAGGUCCUAGGGCCUCUCCCAAGGAACCUGAACGGCUAUCCAAACCAUUAGAAAACUGAUGUCUUCGCCCCCCCCAAGUGAGCGGGGUGGGGGCGGUGAAGGGUGGAUGCAUGAGAAAGCUCACAACAAAGGGAAGCAAGAUCCUCGAUUUAACACCUUCUGUCCAAAGGCCCCACCACUCUUUCCAGUUAUCCCUGUGAGUCACGAUCUAGUGGCUGAUAAGCCAGGGAAACACUCUUACCUCCCUGGCCAGACUGUGUCGAUUGACUCAGCUAGCCUGAGGCCAGUUUCCCUAACCUUAACAGGAUCCCUUAACAAAUAUCUUUGGAAGGCUAAAGAUACCCCGAAAAAGGAAUAUGAAAUCAACACUUGCUGGAUUGUUCCCUCAUUUUUUAAUCAUAUUAACAACGCCCAAAAAGGGCAAGUUGGUGUCUUGUUUUAUUUUACAGAAGAUCCCCGUGGGACCUUGACAGAACACAAAAAGGCUAAUAGCUGAUUUCAACUAUUUGUAUUUUGUGACAGAAAUACUGAAGAUUUGAUCAUGCUAGAACACUGAAUGUACCUCUUGAUUACAUUUUUUGGUUGCAGUAGUGUUAUGUUUUGUGUUGUUAUGGGUAUGGGUGGUGAUUGGUAUCAGUCCUUGGAUCUGUUAAACUUCACAACUGAGUUCAGGGUUUUUACAGGUCAUCCUGGCUUACUGGUACUCCCUGCACAGUGAUACCAUUUCUUUUGACCCCUUCUUUCACCCCUUUUUACUAAACUGAUUAUGAUUUGCAUGUAACUCCUCCACAGCGUUUCCAAAUUCCUAACAAACUGGGAAAUGAAUCAAGGGACCCAUCUAAUAUCUGUUAGAUGUGGUCACAAAAGAAAUCUAUCAGAAAGCCUUUUGCACUGAUGCUUUUCAGUGUUACACCAGUCCAGGAGUUCCAUCCAAAACAUGGCUGUUGGAAAGUGCCUAAGUUUUAAAAGAGAUGCGUAUGUUUCUGGGAUUACCCCUCUUUGAUGGUUUGUACUGUGGGGGUAUCCUGCACUCACUGUCCUGUGAAAAGUUCUGUGGACUGUAACAAUACUUGAACUUGCCAAACUAAUAUUUAUAUCUCUCAGCAUUUGAAUUGCUUUGGAAAUACUCAAGUGGAAAGUUCUCGAGACUCUAAAUCAUCUUAGAAAACAUUACGUGGCAAGUCCACAUAUUGUCAAAUUAGACUAGACAUAAUUUUAGUAAAUUAACUGAAAUGUAAUAUUGUAUGGCUAUUCAUAAAUACCACAACCUCUACUGAAAAAUUCCCAUCUGGAUCCUGGCUUACACUGGGAGUUCCUGGGUUGGGAAAGCAGCUGACACAAAUACUUCUGUUUGUUUUACCUAUUCAUUAUUAUUAUUGGUUAUUGUUAAAUGUAUGGUCAUUACCAAAUGUAUGGCUGUCUCUUUUCACUUUCUACUUUUAACUCAUCAUGUAACAUUCAUGUCACCACUCCUGAGGUAUCACCGAGUGGUGUCUCUGGCAAACUGAAUGACUCUAAUUGUUGUCUAAAGAUUGAUGAUAAUGGUAAAGCUGUUAAACCAAUUGCCUAGGGCCCAGGGUAUACGGAAAAUAGCCCACGUUCCUGUCCAAACCUGGAAAGGCCCAAACUUUGAUUUAUUCUCCUGGCUUCCAGGUGGCCCAUGGGUCAAAUGUAUCCUAUUUUCUCUACUGUGUUGUUGCACACUGUUGUUUACUGUGUUUUAUUUUCUGCCUUUUCCUCACCACCGUGGAGGGUCACUUAUGCUUCAUUUCAAGCAAUCUUUGAGCCACGGGGUGGUGUGAGAAUCCUUUGUUUUUCUGGCUCAAAGUUUGCUUCCUUAGGUAUUUUGUUGAGGAGGCAAGUGAUGGAUGUUGUGUGGCAAUCAACAUCGCUGUGUGGACAAUUUUACAUCUUUGGAACUGUUUGCCUUUGGAAGAUAGUGCUCAGGACUGUUUACUGGCAGAAGAUCUAGCCUGUUACCAAAUAACUCCUGUUUGCUAUGGAAGACUGGGGGAUGAUACCAUUGUAUCCUGCGAAGGCAAGAUACAAGUUGGUGCCUCCCUGCUUCCUCUUAUCUGCUGGCAAGGCCAGGAAGAUAAGAACAAAGGAAGUUUCUGCUGAGAUCCCAGAGCCAGAAGCUGCCACGAAAAGGAGAGCUGACUCGACCACUUUGGAUUUGAGCUGUCACUCCAAAGACAGCUGACUCAACUACUUUGAAACUAUUGAAAAAGGGCCAUCAUCGUGUUGUCAACAGGACAACUCUGCCUGACGACCCACCGCUACUGAAGAUCAAAGACUCAACUACGAACCUCGCUGGAUCCAUGGUGGUGGUGUUAGGUUACACAGAGAAGGAUACAGCGGUUGUUCUGGAUACGGCUGGGGAGUUUCAGCGACCUUGGAUUCCUACACUUGAGCCGUUUUGCAAGAUAGAAGUGCAGACAGUUCAGCGCAGUCUUCUUCUAUUUGUUUAUGCGAAGCUGGAGCCGAGAGGGGAGCAGAAGGGGGUGCUGAAGGUGCGGACGAGAUGUUAGUCGCCAUAGCUGAGGGCAUAUUUGCGAUGUUCUCUUCCUCAGGGGACCUGCAAGAAAGUACGCUUCCCGCGCCGUUUCUCACGGUGUUAUUAAAUUCCAAACCCAUCAUAACGCGCGCAGCUUCAGGAAUUCUAUGUUCUUCUCUCGCGGCUCGGAGAGCGCCGAGGACCAACCCCCAAAUUUUAAGCUCCGCAACUUUCUGCUCCUCUAUCGCACGCUGUGCAAGCGCGGAUGUAAAUGCAUCCCAUCUAGUGGGGUCUAAAAUGCCCUGAGGGGAGGGAAGAUUCCACUCCUCUUCCAGGCGAGUAAGUACAGCGACAAUGUCCUUCUCAGAAGGAGCAUCCUCACCGAAAUAGUCCUUACAAGCUUGAUGCAAUACCUUAAUGACGGAUUCCAUGGUUGUCCAGGGUGAUCAGCCCUCCACCUUCCACAAGUCUACCGCUGUGGGGUAACUUCGCAGCUGCGCUCACAGCCCCAGGGGGAUCGGUCCCUCCGGCUCUUCCGCCGCCUUACCGCCACGGGCUCCUGCGUCCGUCGCGCAACCGGCUGUCACACAUUGACCACUGGGACAUGGCAUUAUCACGUCGGGGUCACCACUUGUUGCCUUUGCUUCGGCAACCUCUGAUUAAUGUCCCGUCAUGAAGUGCUCAGACAGCCCCAGCCAAAUCACACGCUUUAUGACACCAAUGUGGUGAGCGGCAAAUGGCACUUACUGCAAGCAACACACUCUACUUAUAGUUGUCCCUUAUAUCACAGUGCUACCAAUCACCUUUGCUACGGUUAUCUGUGCCCAAUAGACAUGUGGCAUGUCUUGUCUUGCCAUGUCUCAUCAUGGUUUUCUUAUGAGUGAAGGAGCCCCUGCAGAGCCUGAUGACUGUUACAGCCCCCCUUUCAAGUAUUCGCUAACCACACAAGGGGCCCACACAGAUUACGCCUGGUUAUGCCUGGUGACCUUGACAGCCCCCGCUUUACGUAUUUCGUUGACUACAUCUCUAACUUGCGUAUUUUGUUAACUACAACUGUCAGGUUAGAGAAAUUAGUUAACUGGUGGCCAGAACAAAAGCUCCAGAAUCUCGAGGAAAGCAAAACCCCAGGUCCUAGGGCCUCUCCCAAGGAAC